AUGAAAAAUGAAUUUGGGAUUGAACCAGAGAUUGAGCAUUACACAUGUAUGGUUGACCUUCUUGGACGUGGUGGACUUUUUCAAGAAGCAAGUGAAGUAGUGAGGAAGAUGAAGAUUGAACCUAAUGUAUGUGUUUGGGGUGCUCUUUUGAACUCAAGUAGAAUACAAAUGCAAAUGCAAAAGAAGAUAGAUUGGGAUGAUGGGUGUGUUGAAAAGAUACUUGAGGGUAGUUUUGGAAGUGGGAAUUAUAUGUUGGUUUCGAAUAUGUAUGCUGGAAGUGGUAGAUGGGAGGAGUCUGCAAAAGUGAGAGUGUCAGCUAGGGCACAGGGUUUGACCAAAACUCCAGGUCAAAGCUGGAUUGAAUUGAACAAAAAAGUGCUUAUUUUUACAGCAGGGGAGUUUGUGGAAAGUGAGAUGAAGGAAGUUGAGAUGGUGAUCAAGAUUUUGAGUUUUGAAAUGAAUAUGAAGGAAGGGUAUAUUUGGCAUUUGGGCUUUGAAUGA